UACUGUAAGUACAGGAGAUAGAAGCUGACAGAUUAAAAUACAAAAGCAGUAUGGUUUAAAUGUGAAUAUUUGAAUAGAAACUGAUUAGAUUGUCAAUAUCAAUAUGUAUCAAUAAACCUGACACCAUGAAAAGAACAUAAAAGAACAGAACAAUUCCAUACAUGAUACACGUAUUUUGCAGAUAGACAGUUUUGUUUGAAAUGGAAUUUCGAUGCUUUCUAUGCUUAUUCUUAUAUCUAGUAGAAUAUGUUGAAUCUGACAGUUUCUGUACAAAAGACUCUUGUCAAAGCGUACGACAUGAUCCACUUCAGAAUAAGAUAAUAUGUGAACAAGAUACUGUUUUCGCCGAAAUUUUUCUACCUUCGAUAUUGAAAAAAACUAGUUCAGAAAUAUCGCCACCAUCAGAUGAUGGUUCUCUCUCAAUAACCUGGCCUCGAUAUGGAUCUGUCAUUGUUAAUCAAGAAAUGAUUGGGGAAGUUGGAUGUCAGGUUAUAACAUGGACAGUUACAAGUUUGGACUUUGAACCACAUGACUGUAUAUCCUUAGAAGACGCAUACUGGUAUGGAGGAUCAGAGUUGCAUUAUCAACGAUGGCCUUUUAGGGAAAAUGAAAUAGAACUACAAGAAUUCGUCUCUGAAGAUGUAGUUGUUAUCAAAGGAUCGUUUGGAAAUGUUUUAGAACCGUUUUGGAUUAAUUCUAACGGUGUUGCAAUUUUUGUAGACCAAUCAGUUCCUUUACAUGCUAGUUUUAACUCAUCUGGGUCGCAACUGAUGUGUUUUAAGGCAAAGUAUAGUAACGCAUUACGAAAGCAAAAUGAUGACUAUCCAAUAUUAAAGUACACUGUUUGCAAAGAUAAUGAUAUCCUUACAGUAUUCCAGAAAUUAAGACAAAGAAUUAUGGAUAAACCAGAAAAUAUUCCUGAUUUGCGAAUGAUUAAAAGUCCAAUUUGGUCAACAUGGGCAAAGUACAAAGUUGAUAUAAAUCAAGAGAAAAUACUCCGAUAUGCCAAUGAGAUAAACGAAUAUGGGUUCCCAAACAGCCAGAUUGAGAUAGACGAUAUGUAUUCAACAAAAUAUGGGGACUUUGAUUUUGAUUCCGAAAAAUUCCAUGAUCCUAUCGAAAUGAUUAAACAGUUAAAACAAAAAGGUUUCAGGGUAACUGUUUGGGUAACGCCAUUUGCUAAUCUGGAUUCGAAAGCCUUUACUGAGGGAACACAACCCAACUACUGGCUCAGAGAUUCUUCUGGAAACGUACCAGCUCUUGUCCAAUGGUGGCAAGGAAUAGGGGCAAUAAUUGACCCUUCAAACCCAAAUGCAACUUCAUGGUACAAUAACCGAUUGCAAAUGAUGAAAGAAAACUAUGGUAUUGAUUCUUUUAAAUUCGACGCCGGAGAAAGAACUUUCAUUCCAAUACCAUUCAGUUCUCAUCAAACAAUGAAUAAUCCAAACAUAUUUGCAACAAAAUAUGUGGAAAUGGUGAGUAACCAUGGGAACUUGAUAGAAGUGAGAUGUGGAUAUAAAUCACAGAAACAUCCUAUUUUUGUUCGAAUGGCAGACAAAGAAUCACGUUGGGGCUAUGCAAAUGGACUGAGGACAAUUAUACCUACAGCUUUAACCUUUGGUAUCCUAGGUUAUCCAUUUGUUUUACCAGAUAUGAUAGGAGGUAAUGGUUAUGGAGAAGUUUUAGCCAAGGACAUCAUUUUGCCAGAUCGUGAACUGUAUAUAAGAUGGUUACAACUGACAGCGUACCUUCCUGCUAUGCAGUUCUCCUUCACUCCAUGGGACUAUGAUAAAGAAGUUAUUGAGAUAGCACAUACAAUGGUCAGAAUUCACGAAACAGUUGUAACACCUUUACUGCUUAGUUAUGCCGAAAAAGCUGUGCAGCAUGGCUAUCCGUUGAUUCGUGCAAUGUGGUGGAUAGCACCAGAUGAUAAGGAAACAUACAAUAUAGAUUCACAGUUUAUGGUAGGCGACAGGCUCAUGGUGGCACCUAUCUUAGAUCCAGGAGCUAGACAAAGGGAUAUCUACCUUCCGGAAGGGAAGUGGCGAGAUAAUUUAAAUGGACAAAACAUUGAUGGAGGACAUUGGGUUAAGAAAUACCAAGUUCUUAUAGAUCAAAUAGCAACAUUUGAUUUGUUAUAGUAACGUUGAAUAAAAUUCCUUCAGCUUUAACAAAAAAGUAGUAGAAUUUCUGCU